CAGCAACGCGAGAGCAAUUUUUCUUGACGCUGCGUCCCGACCAGACCCCGGAAUCCUCCAUCGGCGAGACACGCAAAGCACAAAAAAGGCGAUUUAAAAGUCCUCCGAUAGGCACCGUGCAGUCGAUCUUUCACCCUGCUGAAAUUGAGACCACACCUGCGAAUUCCUGACCCACGGCGCGAUUUGCAACCCACCAUUCCCACCUUGUUGUGUCUUUCCUGGUCCCGACCGUGGCAGCCUCCCUCCCAACCACAAAAUCUCCAUCGACGACUGGCCCUCUUGCCAUCACAGCGACGACGCGCGACCAAAGUGCCUCCAGAGAGACGAUAUUUGAAUUGCUGACACCCAGCACCCCGUGCGACCGACGAGAUCUGUGCUCCUUCCUAUCGACGCAGCACCGCCCGCCGACGAAUCUCGCUGCACAUCGCCAAGUAGCAAUUUCUAAACACCCCCCCGUUGACGAGAACACAAAUCGCCAUCCCACCACCAUCGAAAACAGACCCGACAGGGAUAAGGGCGUCGUCGUUUUCUUCUCGCGAAUAGCUUCAAGAGACGAAGAAGGGAGCAUUUUCCCUUCUGCUUUUUUUCCCUCCCAAACAACAGCCCACUCGUUGCUGCGAUCACUUUGUGAGCAACCUACAAAGUGCCAGAAGUGUAUCACCCCGAUCGCCCUUGCGUCCGUCUCCUUUCCUUUUCCUCUCUCUUUCUUUUUUUCUCUCUUUUUUUCCUCGCACAAUUUCCUUCGGUCGGCUGCUGGGGCUCCGCCAGUCACCAUCAACCACCCUUUACCCGCGCGCCACCUUUUUGGCUUGGAGGCCUGAGGGUAUUCUGCAAUGGCGGACCAGCACGACGUCGACCUCGACUCGAUAAUCGACCGCCUCCUGGAGGUGCGGGGCAGCCGCCCGGGCAAGCAAGUCCAGCUGCUCGAGGCAGAGAUCCGUUAUCUCUGCACCAAGGCCCGCGAGAUUUUCAUUUCCCAGCCCAUUCUGCUCGAGCUCGAAGCUCCUAUCAAGAUCUGCGGUGACAUCCAUGGGCAAUACUACGACUUGCUCCGUCUCUUCGAGUAUGGCGGUUUCCCUCCCGAAGCCAACUAUCUCUUCCUGGGUGACUACGUGGAUCGCGGCAAGCAGUCUCUGGAGACCAUCUGCUUGCUUCUGGCCUACAAGAUCAAGUACCCAGAGAACUUUUUCAUCCUGCGCGGCAACCACGAGUGCGCGUCCAUCAACCGCAUCUACGGCUUCUACGACGAGUGCAAGCGUCGGUACAACAUCAAGCUGUGGAAGACCUUCACGGACUGCUUCAACUGCCUGCCCAUUGCUGCCAUCAUUGACGAGAAGAUCUUCACCAUGCACGGUGGCCUGAGCCCCGACCUCAACUCGAUGGAACAGAUUCGCCGCGUCAUGAGGCCGACUGAUAUCCCCGACUGCGGCUUGCUCUGCGACCUUCUAUGGUCCGACCCAGACAAGGAUAUCACCGGCUGGUCCGAAAACGAUCGCGGUGUCUCGUUCACGUUCGGUCCAGAUGUCGUCUCCCGCUUCCUUCAAAAACACGACAUGGACCUCAUCUGCCGCGCCCAUCAGGUCGUCGAGGAUGGUUACGAGUUCUUCUCCAAGCGCCAGCUUGUUACCCUGUUCAGCGCCCCCAACUAUUGCGGCGAGUUUGACAACGCCGGUGCGAUGAUGAGCGUGGAUGAAAGCUUGCUCUGCUCUUUCCAGAUCCUCAAGCCCGCAGAGAAGAAACAAAAGUUCGGGCGCGGUCGAUAAACUAGCCAGCCGACGGAACUUCGCCCUUUGCGAACGGAACCGCCUUCAUCUCGUCAAUUCUUCUAAUGCCGCCGCUUUUUCUAAUCGUCAAGGGCCUGCAACCUUGUUAUCCUUUUUUUCGGCCGCUCUCCGUCUCGUGUCGAGCCUCGGCCGCAUCGUAGCCGUCGUCCAAGCAAAGCCAUGUCUGUCUGGUACUGUUAACGAACGGAGAAAUCGUCGGGCCAAGGAAGUGUUUUUGGAAGGGAACGAAUAACGACUCUCGUCUUGUGACUCCUAACGAAGGGGAACGUUUGGGCAUGUAUAGAUACGUGGUGGGGUCGCGCGGAUUUCGGGGUGUGGGAAGUGGUCGGUUUUGGGGAUACGCAGAGCCACAUGCAGAGGGUGGGGUCAGUUGUUUUUGUCCUCUUGACGGCACUGCUGCCUGCUGCCAAUCUAUCAUAACUCUAUCCUGGGGUCCUUGUUCGCUUCUCUUUGGGACGCUUUUGUCCGCUCGGCUUCCGACUUUUGUCUCGGCACGGCUCGGUCUGGCCAAGGUUCGGCCAUGCUCGCGAGAUGCCUGUGGCGCAUUGUUGGGACGACGUGUACAAUCCAUCAGCAAUCUUCUCG